AUGUCUGAUUUAAGUGCCAAAAGAACAUCAGUCGAACACCUGGAGGAUAUGGGCUCCCUAGCGUCUGACGAGAAACAUGUGGACAGAGUCCAUGCUGAGAAAGUCGACAAGGACAUUCUUCAAUACAUGGACGAAGAGGCUGUUGAGAUUGAUGCCGAAACUGAUAGACGUCUGUUCUGGAUGAUUAACAGACGUAUCCUCCCAGUGAUGGUUGGUACCUACUUCCUGCAGGCUUUGGAUAAAGGUACCCUUUCAUUUGCUUCCAUUAUGGGUAUCAGGGAGGACUCCAACUUAGUCGGUCAGCAAUAUUCUUGGUUGACAACCUGUACUUAUUUGGCUGUCCUGGUUUGGGAGUACCCAACCAACUGGUUGAUUCAGAGACUUCCUAUUGCCAAGUACCUAUGUUUUAAUAUUUUUGCCUGGGGUGUUGUUUUGGGUUUCCAUGCUUUGGGACACAAUUUUGGCGCCCUUGUCGUUGUCCGAACACUGUUGGGUCUUUUCGAAUGUUGUUGCCAACCUUGUUUUAUCGUUAUGAGUUCUAUGUGGUAUAAACGUGAUGAACAGGCUACUAUUGUCGCUUUAUGGUAUAUGAUGAACGGUGGUCAACAGAUCGUGGGUGGUGUGUUAGCUUACUGCUUUACUUUGAUUACCGGAGCUUCUUUAAAGAACUGGCAAAUCCUGUUCUUAGUUUAUGGUUGUAUCACAGUCGUUUGGGGUGUCUUCGUCUUAAUUUGGACUCCAGAUUCUCCGAUGGCCGCCAAAUGUUGGUCGGAAGAAGACAAAAAGUUGAUGGUUGAGCGUGUUCGUUCUAAUCAAACUGGUUUACAAAACAGAAAGCUCAAGAGAUAUCAAGUAGUCGAAGCUUUGAAAGACCCUCAAACUUAUUGCUACUUCCUUAUUCAAUUUUUGACCUCACUUCCAACUUCUGGUUUAGGUGCCUUUGCUAACAUCAUUAUAUCCUCUUUUGGAUUCACCGUUUUGGAAACUCAACUGUUGGCCAUGGUUCUUGGUGCUUACUUGAUCAUUUUGCUUCUGUCUUCUGCAUGGUUGACUAAGAGGUUCAACCAAAACAUUUUCUUUAUGAUUGGUUAUGUCAUUCCUUCCAUCAUUGGUACAGUGGUAUUAAUGACUGUUACUAUUGAUGGGUACGAUACGGAUUCUUACGAUUAUAAGCUCAGAAGAGGUGUGCUGUUGUUUUGUUACUACCUGACCUUGUCUUUCUGGGGUGUUGCGAACUUGGGUCUAUCUCUGCUAUCCCGUAACAUUGCUGGUCAAUCCAAGAAAUCGUUCUGUACCGCUUUUAACUUUGUUGGUUGGGCCGUUGGUAACUGUGUGGGUCCUCAAGUUUUCCGUGCUCAGGAUGCUCCCCGUUAUUUGACUGCCUUCGGUACCCACAUGGGGUGUUAUGCAGCACUGAUUACAUUGCUGGUCUUCAUGAGAUUGUGGUUAAUGAGAGAGAACUACAGAAAAGAGAAGAUGAUUGAGAGAGGCGAAGCUCUAAGAGAUGAACAUUUAAAGCAUGCUUUUGAGGAUUUAACCGACAGAGAGAAUGUUAACUUCCGUUACGCAUACUGA